AUGGAUUUCGAUAUAGCAAUUAUUGAUGAAAUAUAAUAGAUAAAUAAUGAAGAAAGAGGAUCUGCUUGGACAACAACACUCUUAGGUCUUAAAGCUAAAGAAAUACAUCUUUGUGGGGACUCAAGUGCUAUAGAUAUUGUAUAAAAUAUUUGUAAAACACAAGGAGAUGAUUUCGAAUGCUAUUAAUAUGAAAGAAUGAGUGAAUUAAAAGUAAGAAAAGACGAAUAUAAACUUAAUUAAGAUUUAAAAGAAGGAGAUUGCUUUAUUUGCUUUUCUAUUAAUGAUAUUUUUGCUUUGUAAAAGAAAAUAAAUGAUAUUUCUAAUUAAAAAUUUAAGACUUGUAAAAUAAAUUAUUGUAGUAUUAUAUAUGGGAGAUAGCCUUUCGAAAUUAAGAUAUAAUAAGCUGAUUUAUUUAAUAGUUAAUAGAAUAAAUUUUUAAUAUCAACUGAUGCUAUAGGAAUGGGAAUUAAUUUAAAUAUUAAAAGAAUUGUUUUUACAAAUAUUUAUAAACUAUAAUAAAACGUUAUGAAUAGGUUAGAUUUUUCAGCUAUUUAAUAAAUUGCAGGAAGAGCUGGAAGAUAUUAAGAAAAUGGAGAAGUUUGUGCAUUUUAUUAAGAUUAAAUUAGGAUUAUUUAAAAGGCAUUGAAUGAUUAAUCCAAUUAAAAUAGGUAAUAAAAGAUUAAAGCGGCAAUAGAGCCUUCUUUUGAUUAAAUAUUAGAAACUAAGUCUUUAUUAGAAUAAAUAUAUCCAAAUAGAAGUUUUAAUUUAAUAGAUAUUUUUUAGAAAUUCGCUGAAUUAAGUUGUAUUGAUGAUAUAUAUUUUUAUUCAUCUUGCUAAGAUAUGUAGUUUAGGUUAAAUCUAAUAUAAAAAUAUAAUUUAAGCUUAGAAGAUUAAUAUAGAUUCGGGAAAUGUCCUAUUAGAAAUGGUAAAUAAUAUGAACUUGAAUAAAAUAUAUUUUAAUUAUAUGCAAAGUAGUUUAUUUAAAAUAAGCAAUGCUUUUUACCUGAAAUAUUUAAAGAUAAUUGCAAACUUAAUGAAAUUUUAAAUUUUAAUAGUAUAAAUUAAGACAUUUAAGAGACUAUAUAAUUAUUUGAAAAUUUUAUUAUUAUUUAUGAAUAAUAUAAAUAUUUGAGUAAUAUAUAUGGAAAUAGUGUAUUUGUUGAUUUAAACUAAGUUGAUAAAUAAAAAUAAAUAAUUUGUUAAGCUUUAUUAUAGAUUUAUAAGAAAAAUGCUAUAUGA